CUCUCUCUCUCUCUCUCUCUGUGGGCUUUGGGUUGAGUCAAAUGCGAUAACUCUACUCUGAGGUAUGUUGAUUCCCCCAACUCUUCAAAAUUCAUCACCCGUUCGAGCUUCUUCUAAUUGGGGUUUUCUAUUGAUUUCUGAAUUUCGUUUAAUCUCAGACAUGCUUGAUUGAUUUUGUUAUAUAUUACUCAUACACGCACAUACCCAAUUAGAUUUAUUUCUGCAUUCAAUUUUCGAUAAUUCGAUACCACUGUAUCCGAUUGCACGCUAAAAGGGCUAUUACUCAGUUUAAUUCCGGUUAAUCGAGGGUUCUGGAAGAGGUGGACUGUAACCUAGAUCUAAGCUGUGAUGUUAUUUCCACAAAUGAUUAAAUUUCGUGCUAUUAUUUUGAACGAUCCUUUUUGGGUUUAUGUCUCUUUCAUCAAUAGAUUAUGCACUAAUUGUUUGAUUGUAGUGUUUAUAGUGUUAUGUGUGGGUAUGUGCGUCUGUGUGAAUAUAGGUCUUGGUUUAAUUCUUGCACCCCUUUCGUAUGAACUAGUGUCAGUUAUUUAAUCAUACAUGUGCUUUGUUUGCUGGCUAGUGUGUACUUUUUCCUUGUAGAUUGUUAUAAUUGACUCCUAAAACUAAGGGCCGCUUUCUUGAAUAUUCUGAAGCAUAUAACUUAAUUGAACAAGUAUUAUUGUGGCGUUUUGGCGUUGCAGUUAGAUCAUUUUCAAGUAGGUGAUGGCUUUUUUUUUUUUUCUUUAUAUUUCGAUUAAGUUUUUGCUGAAGUGCAUAUGAUCUAGUGAUGCUGUUGUAAUGAUAGGUUGCCAUUAGAUAUUUCACAUUUUUGGUCUACUAAUUUUCCACGUUUAUAUUUUGAUCAAUUUAUAUGUGGUGGUCAUGUAUGGAAGAGUUUCUGCACCUGACUAGUAUCCUCAAAGUGCUUUCAUUUUUUGUUUAUUCUCUGUGAAGCAAUUUAUUGUGUGUGUGACUAGAUUAAAGUAAGCUUUCGUUUUUAGGUAUGAAAAGUCAAAUAUUGUUGGGGAUUUUGCCUUGAGCUUAACUUUUCAACUAUGAGUAAUUCAGGUGCUUGGGCUUUGAGAUUUAGAGACUGAUUUGAGAAAAAUACUAGAAAGAAAGGAUGUCAAGUGGCAGAGAUACGCAUUGGUGCCACCAAUGCAUGCGGGCAGUUCGGCCUCGAGGAAGUGAUUUGAUUUGCCCAUAUUGCAAUGGAGGCUUUGUACAAGAACUCGGUGAGGUGGUGGGCACUGGGCAACAGGUUGGAUAUAACACGGGACAUGGUUCUGAUUUUGGAUUUAUGGAACCUUUCUCCGACCCCAGAUUUGGGAUUAUGGAUGCAUUUGCAGCUUUUAUGCGGCAGAGAAUGACGGGAAGAAAUCCUAACUUUGACAUAAGGGCGAGACCUGGUAUGGGGCCUGAACGCACUACGGCUUUUGGUUCAGGUCCGUGGUUGAUAUUCCAUGGACAAGCUCCCGUCAGGAUGUCUGAGAAUGAUGCAUUUGAGUUCUUUUUCAAUGGAAGUCCGGGAAUUGGGAGGCGGCCCGCUGACUUUGGCGAGUUGUUCACAGGGCCAGGACUGCAAGAUUUGAUUGAACAGCUUACUAUGAAUGAUAGGCAGGGUCCAGCCCCAGCACCUCGGUCCGCAAUUGAUGCUAUGCCUACUAUUAGGAUCGCACAGAGACAUCUUAACACCGAUUCUCACUGCCCAGUUUGUAAAGAUAAAUUUGAGUUGGGCUCUGAAGCAAGGCAGAUGCCAUGUAACCACAUGUAUCAUUCUGAUUGCAUUGUUCCUUGGUUGGUUCAGCACAACUCAUGCCCUGUUUGUCGCCUUGAGCUGCCUCCACUAGGUUCAAGUACUGCUCGUACGAAUAGGAGGUCAACUACUGGGACUGGAAGCAACAGCGGUAGUAACAGUGGUGGCAGGGAGAACAGUGGGCAGAAUCAGGAAAGGAGAAAUCCAUUCUCAUUCUUGUGGCCUUUUCGUUCAUCAAACCAAAACACUCGUCAAUACCCUGAAACAGGAGGAAGUAGCUCAACAACCACUUAUGAAGAGAACAAUGGGACGAAUCACUCUGGAUGGCCAUUUAAUUACUAAGACGAGGUGCACAUGCCUAGUGGAUUGGAAGUGGUCUUAGAAAUUGGCUUAUAAUGGACCUCAGUCGGCUGUUUAAAGGUGUACAAAGGUAAUAGGUUCCUUUCAUCUUCGAUUUGCCUAAACGAUCAUGGUUUCUUCUUGUACUUCUACUUUGGUUUCCAAAAUCAUUUGUUGGCUUUGGAUGUGUGGUGUCAGAUGUGGGAUUUAUGUUAUUGGUUGUUGGUUUCCCGAGC